GAGUAGUGAGAGAUCUCUACUCUACAUCCCAGAGUAAAAGAACAUGAAUAAUACAUCCGCAAAAGUUCGCCAUGUCUCCACCAGCGUUGUAUUACCAGCAACACAAAAGAAUCGUACAACUCGAAAGAUUGAACUGAGUCCAAUGGAUUUCAGGCCAUUUAGGCGCUUGUAUGCGCAGUUCGGUCUACUGUUUUCUAAACCGGGAACUAGCAGUGGUAGCGGCGAAUCCAACCAAGAAGAAACAAACAAGAUUCUUAGCAAGCUUAAGAGUUCUUUAUCACAAACGCUCGACUAUUUCUUUCCUCUUGCAGGUCGUCUUGCCGUGACAAAACACGAUGAUGAUGGUACCAUAUCGUUUUGCAUUAACUGCAACUCUGCUGGUGUUGAAUUCAUCCAUGCUGUGGCAGAUGUUACGAUAGCUGAUCUUCUUGAACCAACCUACACUCCGCACAUCAUCGACUCCUUCUUCACCUUUGAUGGCAUACCGAAUUAUGAAGGUGUAUCAUUGCCAUUGCUUUCUAUACAGGUUACGGUAUUAAAUGACGGGAUCUUUGUGGCCUUCAGCUUAAAUCACAGUGUAUGCGACGGUACAUCCCUUUCGCACUUCAUCAAUUCAUGGUCUCAGAUCUCAAGAGGCAUAACUCACAAGUUAUAUCCUCCUGUAAUUCUCGAACCUCGCUGGUUGCCCGGGAAAACCAAUUUUCCCGUCCAUCUACCCUUUUCAUCGUUUGAAGAACUUAAGGUAGAAAAAUUUAUCCCAUCUCCAGAGUUAAGGCAGAAAACAUUUCAUUUCACACCACAAAACAUUGCGAAACUCAAACGGAAAGCCAACAAUGCAUCUGGUACUACAUUUUCAGCCUUACAAGUUGUGUCGGCUCAUGUUUGGUUAGCUGUAACGCGAGCCAGACAAUUGAAUCCAAAUGAAAAUGUUACUUACGCGUGCGCAAUCAAUAGUAGAGACAGACUAGAUCCGCCUUUACCCAAAGGUUACUUUGGCAACUCAGUACACGGUGGCCUUGCAACGGCUAAAGCAGGCGAGUUACUGGAAAAAGGACUCAGCUUUGGAGCUUCUUUGAUAAACCAAAUGGUUAAAUCCUGCACCAACAAUGAGAUUUUACGGGAUUGGCAAUCAUGGGUGGAGAAUCCAGUUAUGCCUUCAAGUUUUGACCUGUUAUCAAGUACUAAUGUGGCGGUAGGGGGAUCUCCGAAGUUCAAUAUCCACAGCAAUGAUUUCGGCUGGGGUGCACCAUUAGUUUGUCGAUAUGGGAACAACUACAAGUCUGACGGGAUGAUUAUGGCGGACGCUGGUCCAGUCAAUGGAGUUAUAACUAUCGGCAUUUGCCUGCCUUUCGAGAUAUUAAGGGCCUUGGAGAACGAUUGGGAGUUCAUGGAGACUGUUUGCACAGUCUUACCACCAGAGUAUUUCACGGCCAAGAUCAAACCUUUGUCAAAGUUAUAGUUUCUUACCAGUCUCUUUUGGGAGGGUGUAACACAGCCAACUUAUAAGGCUGAUUAUUAUGUUUUGAGAAUAAAAGAAAAAAUGUACAUGCAAGUUGCAAGAAAAGAAAGAGUAUACUCUGGAGUCUGGCCAUCAAAGUUAAAAA